AUGGAAGACAACGCUGAACUAGAGUCGUUUCGACGGCAGUGGCGGGAGGAAGUCGCCCGUCGGACGAAGCAUACCAAACCUACCACGCCACGGCCAAAACGCGUCACAAGCCCCUCUUCUAGGGCACGACCGAGUCAAUUCCCGCCAACUCGCCACGAGGCAUGGCUACGCAAAGAAGACGAGGAAAGGGCAACAUCAUUUGGUAGCGCUGAAAUCGUCCAAGGUGUUAGCAAUCUAAACAUUACCAAUGAUGAGGAUGUUUUUCAUUCACAAGAAACACGAAAGGAGCCUAAAUCAGCUCUAGAGCACUUUGAACGAGCGGUGGAGAGGGAGGCCGAGGGGAAGUUGGGGGAUAGUCUACAACAUUACCGCAAAGCAUACAAGUUGGACUCGGCUGUCGACAAGACUUACCGUGACAAGCACUUUGCCUGGGCGUGGAAAAAGCCAGCCAAAGCCCCAGCUCCUGCCGCGCACAUAACUUCGAAAGAUCAACCAACUCAAGAUGAAUCAGAGACUUUAACAACGCCCGAGCUUAUUGCAUCUUUUGCCCACCUGCCCAUUGCUCAACCAAAGCCUCUCUUCGAGGGCGACCCCGCACCCCCAUGUCCCAUCGCUCACGUUCCUUCGGAGGUGAUAGUCGAGAUUUUGAGGCAUGUGGCAUUAAUGGACCCAGCGGCAUUCUCUCGGAUGUCACUGGUCUGCAAACGAUUUGCAUGGCAUUUUGCUCACGAACAGCACAUAUGGAAACGACUUUGCCAGGGCCCUGAAUUUGGCUUCAAGUCUAUGCAUUAUGCUUUCGAUUGCGACCUUCACGGUAACCCAGAGAACACACUAAGCCCUCGUUCUCGCUACACUCCGUUUCCUGUUGGCACUGCUGUGCAGGUUCCCAAGCCGCUCUCCUCAUGGAGUGACGUAUUUCAAAUGUUCCCUCGUAUUCGAUUUACAGGAAUCUACAUUAGCACAGUCAACUAUACUCGCGCCGGUGCUGCCUCAUUUUAUCAAAAUAUAUCGUGGAACUCUCCGAUCCACAUAGUCACAUACUAUCGAUAUCUACGAUUUUACCCGGAUGGCACAGUCAUCGCCCUACUCAGUACCGUGGAACCUCUGGACCUGGUCCCACAUAUUAGCAUUGAAAACGUUAUAGAAGCCCAGGCAUCUCACAAGCACCACCGACGUCCGCCUUUGGACGCAGGUAAGACUGUGGCGGGAGGCGCGGAACCAACACCUGCGAUCGCAAUGGGAGCCUUAAAAGACGCUCGCCGGGGUCGUUGGCGCUUGGCCGAUCCUUUCCCAGCCUCCGAGACGGGCGCGCAGGUAGAGACGGGCCUUCCUUCGGUUCAUGGCGGCAAAGACCUGUCGGCCGAUGCCUUCGAUCCCAGAGACGUCAUUAUCGAGACAGAAAGUGUUAGCCGGUCGAGCAUCAAUGUUCUCCACAUGUCACUGCGGUCAUCUGCGGCGCAUAAGUCCACCAAUGCGCCCAAAAACACGAAAUUGAUAUGGAAGGGCUAUUGGAGCUACAACAAACUCAAUGAUGAUUGGUCUGAAUACGGUCUUCGCAAUGACCGCGUCUUCGUCUUUCGACGUGUUCGUGGAUGGGGACUACUCGCGAUGCCCGAACGCGUGAAAACGGUCUUCUUCGAAGACCCGGACGAGACACCCGCCAGUGGAAAAGACAAGGCCACAAUAGCGAAAGAAAACCUUGAAACAGGAUCCAUCAAAAGGAAACAUCCCAGCAAAGAAGAAGAUAAGAAAAAGAAGAAAAAACGGAAACAUGGCGAGUCGACCGAUAGUUCGCAACAACCCACACCGGCAGCCGCAGAAAACAAACCCGAGCCACCUGCGCAGAACUCCGAAAAAGAUAUGCCCACGAGCAAGAACAACGUGAGCGUCGCAUCCGACAGGCCGAGACACAAGAAGAAAGAUCAGAAACAGAAGCCGCUGAGGGAUACAAAGACCAAUUUCAACUCAUUGAAGGAAAAGGCGAAAACGUUGUAUGAAAUUCGCAAGAACCUUCCUAUCUUCCCCCAUGCCGACGAGAUCCGACAAGACCUGCGCAAGAACGAUGUGAUGCUCCUUAUUGGUGAGACGGGUAGCGGAAAGAGUACGCAGAUUCCCCAGUUUCUGUUCAAUGAGCAAUGGUGUCGGCCAACAAAGACAAAGGUGGCCCAGGAGGAUGAUUCACAGAAGGAGAUAGAGGUUGGCGGCUGUAUCGCUAUUACUCAACCCCGGCGAGUUGCUGCGAUCUCGCUGGCUAGGCGUGUUGCGGAGGAAAUGGGCACACCACUUGGGUCGUCGUCUCCUGCGAGUAAAGUCGGCUACUCCGUUCGUUUUGAUACGUCUACAUCUCCUAGCACGCGGGUCAAAUUCCUGACGGAGGGAAUGCUGCUACAGGAGAUGCUGCGCGACCCCUCGUUGACCAAAUACAGCGCGAUUGUCGUUGAUGAAGUGCACGAGCGCGGUGUCAAUGUUGAUCUGCUGCUAGGAUUCCUCAGGAAUCUAGUGUCGGGGAAGAGAGAAGGGCGUGGCGGAGUGCCGUUGAAAGUUGUGGUGAUGAGUGCCACGGCAGAUAUGGAGAGUCUACUCGGCUUCUUCCAGGAAGGAUAUCAGAGCUCACGAUCGGAGAAGGAAGCACAGAACAGCACCAAGGCUAUCACGAACGGCUCUGGCAAGAAAGAUGAUGAAAUUUCUGUCUGCCAUAUCAAGGGUCGGCAGUUUCCAGUCAAAACUAUUUACUCGCCUGAACCAGUACACGAUUUUGUUGAUGCAGCCCUCAAAGUUAUCUUCAAUAUCCAUUACAAGGAGCCAUUGCCUGGAGACAUUCUAGUUUUCUUGACUGGACAGGAGACUGUGGAAAACUUGGAGAAGUUGGUGAACGAGUAUGCCGUUGGAAUGGACCCUGCGUUGCCGAAGAUCCAAGUUCUACCACUGUUUGCUGCCCUUCCGCAGGCAGCGCAACAGCGCGUGUUUGCCCCUGCACCGCCUCGGACUCGCAAAAUCAUUCUAGCUACGAACAUUGCUGAAACCUCGGUGACUGUCUCUGGAGUACGGUAUGUGGUCGAUUGUGGAAAAGCCAAAGUGAAGCAAUUCCGCUCACGUCUGGGAUUGGAUUCUCUUCUGGUCAAGCCUAUCUCUAAAUCCGCUGCUAUCCAACGUAAAGGUCGUGCAGGACGAGAGGCACCCGGCCAGUGUUAUCGCCUGUUUACUGAAAAAGACUACCUAGAGUUGGAUGAAGUUAACACCCCAGAGAUCCUACGAUGCGAUCUGAGUCAAGCUUUGCUCAACAUGAAGGCGCGUGGUGUCGACGAUGUCAUGGGCUUCCCCUUCCUGACACGUCCCCCGCGGGAGUCCUUGGAGAAGGCGCUUCUCCAGCUGCUGAGCAUUGAUGCGCUCGAAGAAUCUGGCAAAGUUAGUCCGAUCGGCCUGCAUAUUGCCAAGCUUCCUCUCACUCCGACUCUCGGUCGGGUCUUACUUGCGGCAUCGGAGUAUGGGGAAGACUGUCUGUCCGAUGUGAUCGACAUCAUCUCGUGCCUCAGUGUGGAGACCAUCUUCUUAAACACGACAUCGGAGGAAAAGAAAGAGGAGGCGGAGAAAGCGCGGCGGGAUCUGUAUCGGAGAGAAGGCGAUCAUCUUACCAUGCUCGCCACCGUGCAAUCCUACGCCGCCGAGAACACCGAUCGUAAGGCGUGGGCUGAGAGACAUAUGGUCUCGCAUCGGGCGAUGCAAGCCGUAAUGGAUGUCCGUAAGCAGCUUACUACUCAAUGCCGUCAAGCUAAGCUUCUUUCUCCGAAUGAUAAUCGGGGUCCCUCGACUAAUUCUAUCACCCGAGAACCAUCGCCCAUUCACAUACUGCAAAGUUUCCUACGGGGUUUUGCUACCAAUACCGCCCGUCUGGUGCCGGACGGCAGCUAUCGGACCGUUGUCGGGAAUCAAACCGUGGCGAUUCACCCGUCUAGUGUGUUGUUUGGCAAGAAAGUCGAGGCUAUUAUGUACAACGAGUACGUCUUCACGAAUCGGAGUUACGCCCGAGGGGUGAGUGCAGUGCAGAUGGACUGGGUUGGAGAGGCGCUUGCUGGGCAGUAG